CAACCAACAGUGGUGUUCUCCACCGCCAUUCUCACCAGAUAUUUUCAUUUCUUUAUCACAUACACAUUACCUAUAUAUAUCUCAUUUCCCCUAUCUAACCCACCGACCAUUCCUCUCAAACUCUCUUUUUCUUCAAUGAAUCCUUCAAGUUCUUCAGCAGGAUCCGACCCGAUUCCACCUGGGUGGUUUUUUUCGCCGGUUCCGGUCCAGCAAAAGCUUCCGAGUUCAGCUGAAUAUGGUGAUGCAACUAUUCCAACAAUCUUAGAAGAGGAAAUGCUUCCGCAACCUUUGGAAUGUUUACAAGGAGCACAAAUCCCGCCAUUUCUGUCAAAAACUUUCGAUUUUGUGGAUGACCCAUUACUCGACCCAAUUAUCUCAUGGGCCCGAAAUGGGCAGAGCUUUGUGGUUUGGGAUCCAAUGGAGUUCUCCAGUAUAAUCUUGCCUAGAAACUUCAAACACAACAAUUUCUCAAGCUUUGUUCGACAACUUAACACAUAUGGAUUUCGCAAGAUUAAUACUGACAAAUGGGAGUUCGCAAAUGAAAGUUUCUUAAGAGGAAGGAAGUAUCUUUUAAAGAACAUUCAAAGGCGUAAAUCGUCUCAGUCUUCAAGCAGUUUUUUUGCUGGUGAGUAUUCAAACAAUCCAUCUAUGGAAGCCGAGAUAGAAAGACUAAACAAAGAGAAGGCAGAAAUGAUGCAAGAAGUAAUUGACUUAAAAAACGAGCAUCGUGAAACACAUCAAUAUAUGGAAUCAGUAAACGAAAAACUCAAAGCGGCUGAAAACAAACAAAAGCAAAUGGUCUCCUUUAUGGCUAAAGUGUUGCAAAACCCAACUUUCCUCUCUUCUAUAAAAGAAAAGAAAGCCCAAAUGCUUCAAAUAUCCUCACCAAGAACUACACGGAAGUUCAUUAAACAUCAGCCCCAUGAAUUAGAUGCUCUUCCAAUUGGCGACUCAUCAAGAAGUCUCGAUGUUGAUCAUGCCUCCAAAGGAAAAAAUGUGUUAGACAUGGAACUAGAGGCUGCACCGGAGUACUUCUUAGACCCGGUUUCUGGUGGAAUAGACGACUUUAGUAUGAAACAAGAGGACAUUUGGAGUGAUCUUGGAAACUAUGAGUUGCCUGAGUUUGGUGCCCGAGGUGAAGACUUGUCGAAUAUUUGGAAUAUUGGAACUUCUGGUGGCGAUGCUUGGCAGAACGAUGAUAUUAACUUUGAUGAUAUUGAAAAGCAAGAAGAUGAUAGUUCUAAGAAAACAAAUCCAUAGGUGUAUAUUUUGGAACAAUUUGGUAUAUUGAAUGUUUCAUUAUCAUGAUUUUUUUAAA